CAGUAGUAUCUCAUAUUUCUCAAGUUCACUUUUCCCUCUCUCUCGCUAACUCUCUAAAGUUUCUCUUUUGAUUCUUGAACAAAGUCAAGAAAAUUGCGAUGGAUCCUCUUUCAAGAACCUCACUCUACGUGGGUGAUCUGCACCCGGAUGUUACAGAAGAGGACCUCCGUAAGACUUUUGGACAGGUUGGCCCGCUUGCUUCAGUCCGUCUGUGCCGUGACAAGCUCUUCCCCAAAUCCGUCUGCCAUGCUUUCGUCAAUUUCUGGUUUCCUGCUCAUGCUUUUAGUGCUCUAAGACUUCUGAACCAUACCAUAUUAAGGGGUAAAUCUAUGAGAAUUAUGUGGUAUCAGAAGGAUCCCGUUACAAGAAUGAAUGGCAUUGGGAACCUCUAUGUGAAAAAUCUUGACAAAUCGAUCUCCAGCGCCCGAUUGCAAGGAAUUUUCUCCAAACAUGGAACAGUACUUUCUUGCAAAGUUGCUGAGGAAAAUGGGAUCAGUAAGGGUUUUGGGUUUGUUCAAUUUGAUUCAGAAGAUACAGCCAUGGCAGCUCUCAAAGCUCUCCAUGAUACUGUGCUGGAAGGCAAGAAGUUAUAUGUCUCCAAAUUUCUAAGAAAGAUUUGGAGACAGGCUGGAGAACCAGGUUUCAGAAGCCUGUAUGUGAAAAAUCUCGAUGAAUGCAUCACAGAGGACGUCCUCAAGGAUAAGUUUUCAGAACAUGGGAAGGUCAUCAGUGCAGUCAUAAUGAAGAAUGAGAAGGGGAAAUCAAAAGGGUUUGGGUUUGUUAACUUUGAUUCACAUGAAUCAGCCAAAAAAGCCAUGGAGGCUUUGCAUGGAGAACUGAUUGGGUCAAAGAAUCUCUUUGUGGGCAAGGCUCUGGAGAAAGCUGAAAGAAAAGAGCACUUUAGACAACAGUAUGGAUAUGGUACUGAUCACCAUAAGAAAUCAAAUGAUUCAACUCUGUAUGUAAGGAAUCUCGAUGGAUCCAUUGAUGACAGAAAAUUGGAAGAAAUUUUCAGUCAUUUUGGGACAGUAGUUUCAGCUAAAGUGAUCCGGAAUAGUGAUGGAGUCAGCAAAGAAUUUGGCUUUGUACGCUUUUCGUGUCAAGUGGAGGCGAACAAGGCCUUGAAUUCAUUAAUCAGAACCCCUUUCCAAGGACGGACACUGUAUCUGGCAUGGGCUCAAAACAAAGAACAACAAACUAACAGUUUGCAGCAGUUUUAUAGCCAUUGGCAGUCUUAUGCAAAUUUCACACCUCAGCCACUUUGUACUUGUAACCAUUGGCCACGGCACUGCGACUCUCCUCUCUUCAGUUCUCCAAUUCCUACGAAACAAAUGAUUCCAUGGCAUCCUACUUUAUACUCAAAUUUUGUUGGAUCUUUCAGUCCGCCUAAUCCAUUUCAAGCUCAGAACUUGCAAAGCGUCAGUUGUACAUUUAUCCCUCCGAGACACACUCCCGUUUGGAAUUCUAAGGAUUGUAUAGGACGAAACCUACCAAUGCAGCUUGCUAGUUUGGAUUGGUGUAGACAAGAUAGGUAUGAAGGGAUCUCCAAGGGUCAAAAACCAUGGAGCAGUGCAGAAUAAGAUCAUUAACGGCGAUGGGAAGGAAUGAUGUAAAGGGUCAGGUACUACGAGAACCUUUUCCAUGAGACAUCUCCUUAUAUUUUCAAUAGAAGCCCUGGUUACCUGCAUCCCUCUAUUGUUCAGAAUAUUCAGCUUUGUGUAUAGAGCUAGUGAUGACUGCAGUUGCCAAUGACCAAGUUGGAUACUUGACAAUGCAUACUGAGAAGGCUGUUCAAUUGUUGAUGAGGGAAAAAAUAGGAAUUGUUUCAGACAAUUUUGAAGUUUUGAAAGAUCAACUCUUUUCUGAUUGCUCUUGCACUACUGAUCCCUGUAACCGAAUCUUGUAUGCUAGUUCUAACACGUAGAUUGUUUUCAUGUCUUUACGAAUUAAAGAAAUUGAUGUACAUAGUAGGACCCAAACUGUUGUACAUGGCAGCGGAUUUUUGUUUGGAAUCUCAUAUUUCUUCUCAGCAGAUG